GUUUAGCUUCAGUCGGCCGCCGGUUGCCGCAGAGUUAUGAUGUGGUUGCAAUGCUUGGCUGCGACGCUGCUGGUUGCCGCGGCCGCUGGGGAAGUCUUCACGAACUCGUUCCUCGUCCGUUUCAAGAGAUCCGUCGGCCACGAGGAGGCCCACGAGCUCGCUCUGCAGCACGGCUUUGACAACCUUGGCACGGUUCUUGGCUCCGAGACCGAAUGGCAUUUCGCACACCGCGGACUGCCUCAAGCUCGGCCGAGGCGAUCCAUUGCACACGCCCGACUUCUGAAGAGGCAUCCACUGGUUCACACAGCGGUGCAGCAGACUGGGUUCAAGCGAGUCAAACGUGGGUUCCGUCCACUUCGCUUACCAGAGACUGCACCAGCACCAGCCGAGCCGCGUGAUCCUUACUUCCCCCUCCAAUGGUACUUAAAAAAUACCGGUCAAAAUGGCGGCAAGCCCAAACUUGAUCUGAACGUAGAGGCCGCCUGGGCCCAAGGUUAUACCGGGGUAAAUGUUACCACUGCCAUCAUGGACGAUGGAGUUGAUUACAUGCAUCCAGAUUUAAAAUAUAAUUAUAAUGCAGAGGCUUCUUAUGACUUCAGUAGUAACGAUCCGUUCCCAUACCCUCGUUAUACAGACGAUUGGUUUAACAGUCACGGCACGAGGUGCGCUGGUGAGGUGGCGGCAGCUCGUGACAACGGCGUCUGCGGCGUGGGGGUCGCCUACCACUCGAAGGUCGCUGGUAUCAGAAUGUUGGAUCAGCCGUACAUGACGGAUCUUAUAGAAGCCAAUUCCAUGGGACACGAGCCCCACAAGAUACACAUCUACAGCGCUUCAUGGGGCCCCACAGAUGAUGGGAGAACAGUCGAUGGGCCCAGAAACGCUACUAUGAGAGCUAUCGUCAGAGGUGUUAAUGAGGGUCGGAACGGUCUUGGCAACAUCUACGUUUGGGCGAGCGGUGACGGUGGUGAAGAUGAUGACUGCAACUGUGACGGAUACGCAGCAUCCAUGUGGACUGUGUCCAUUAAUAGCGCAAUAAACGACGGUCAGAAUGCGCACUACGACGAGUCGUGUUCCUCGACGUUAGCGAGUACGUUCAGUAACGGGGCUAGAGAUCCCAGUACUGGAGUAGCUACAACCGACCUGUAUGGGAAGUGUACGGCGACACACUCCGGAACCUCUGCAGCCGCGCCAGAAGCAGCAGGUGUCUUCGCCUUGGCUUUACACGCGAAUCCUAACCUGACAUGGCGUGACAUUCAACAUCUCACUGUUUUGACAUCAAAGAGGAACUCAUUGUAUGACGCGAAGGGCCGUUUCCAUUGGACUAUGAACGGAGUGGGUCUGGAAUUCAAUCACCUGUUUGGUUUCGGUGUCCUUGACGCCGGAGCUAUGACAGCACUCGCCGCAAAUUGGCGAUCUGUGCCGCCGAGAUACCAUUGCGAAGCCGGCUCAGUCGACACUCACACCGAGCUCCCAUCGGAAGGCAGUAUCACACUCCAGAUAGACACGUCAGCAUGCGCAGGCACCCCUAGCGAGGUUCGGUAUUUGGAGCAUGUGCAAGCUGUUGUCAGUGCCAACGCUACCAGACGAGGGGACUUGGAACUCUUCCUCACCAGCCCUAUGGGAACCAAAUCGAUGAUCCUGAGCAGGCGUGCAAAUGAUGACGACAGCCGUGACGGUUUUACAAAGUGGCCGUUCAUGACUACGCACACUUGGGGAGAGUAUCCGCAAGGAGUUUGGUCUUUGGAGGCUAGAUUCAGCAGCCCAGGUCGAUCUGGUUGGUUGCGAGGCUGGUCACUGGUGCUCCAUGGCACACGAGCGCCGCCAUACGCUCAGCUCCAGCCGCAAGACCCUCGCUCCAAGCUAGCAGUCGUCAAGAAGGCACACGAAGACAACGCUAUCAACGACUAGAUCACACACCGAGGGGGUUUUUAUUGAUGUAAUUGUUCUCAUGCUUUAUUUUUGUUCAUCAAAACGUUAUUUAUUGCUAUUUUAAUAAACUCUGUCAGUGUUGUCUUCGUUAACAGCAGCUUGAGGUUAAGUUCGAACUUGUAACGAGCAUGUACCUUGAGCUAUCUGGAACGAACUCUUAUUUUUUAUAUUUAUUAGGAAAAUCUAUUAUCUUUUUAUUUGAUGUUAUUAAUUCCAACAGCUUUUAUGUUGAAACUGUUAAUUUGUUUUUAUAAUUAAAUUUUAUAUUAAUUUAAUAAAAACCCUCUCAUUAAACUUCAAAUGCAUCAAGUAAUCACCACUUUACUUCCAAAGAAAGAUAACUUAUUCGAAUUCUUUCAAAUUAUUUCGAAUUUAUAAAACCUAUUUAUCUCCUAGUACCUAAAUGUUAUCUUAUUGUCUAUUUAAUAUAACCUGUUCGUAAAAAAAAACUGUUACUUAAUUUGAUUUAUAAAUUUCUAUUUCAAAUUUAAAAAAAAAAAUUAUAUAAAAAUCUAUUAAUAAUUCCAAUGAAUAAAACACACGCAGGGGCCAUUUGAUUCUUGUUUAUGAAAAAGUUUUUGUUAACUGAUGCAAAUUAUUUUUACUAACCGCUUAUAAUACGUUCUUAGUCAAUACGGGUCAAUGCCAAUACUAGUCUUAAUUUACUUCUAGUCACUUAACACAAAACCUUUGCCUCUAUUUAAAUAAUAGUAAUUAUAUAAUGAAAGAUUGUUCAGCUUCUUAGAAUGCAGACGUUUUAUAUGAGAUUCGAAACAUAUCAAGAAGAGAAUUAAACAAUUUUUUCUUUAAAAAUACAUAUACCUUAUAAAUGAAUGGAAGUUGAGCAAGAUUCAAAUAAAAAAAUAUUCCUUUCGCAUUUAUGUGAUUGUUUUUGUUGUAAUACCUACUUAUAUAAUUUUAUUGUAAACUUCAAAUGACCUUGGUUAUCCCAGCUAAUUAAAGGACAUUUGAACUUCCUAUUUAGGCCUUUUGUAAGAUUUCGAUAAGAGAAAAUAUAAUAAAAAUAUCCUCUAAGCUUAAGAUAUGAAGUAAAUUGUAACCCUCUAAGAAAUUAAAAAAAGGGCUAUUUAUAUUUUCUUAACAUAAUAAAAAGGAAAACAUGUAAUUUCGUUUUUUGUUGACCGUACUUAUAAAUUUGUAACGGACGUCGACGUAGUUUUAUUACAAAUAAUGGUUAAGCGAAAUCAUUUAAAGAGAAAUUAUGUAUUACUAUUAUAGAAAAUAUAAUGUGAUUUGGUGUUGUAUUUGAAUUAAACGAUGUUUUUGUAA